UUUACGUAAACCAGUUUAAUUAAUAAAUUUCUCAAGAAAAUUCCCCGAUGAUAACACCUCAGUAUUUUUAAAACCUCGCUUAUAAAUACACUAUGUCCACCAAAGUAAUCUUCACAAUAAUGUCUCUGUUCUCAACAAUUCUAAUAAUCGGUUGUGUGGUUACCUUCACACUAACCUCCAAGACACCCAAACAAUGGUGGAACAAUUCCUUCAUCUACCAGAUCUACCCGCGGAGCUUCAUGGACUCUAACAACGAUGGAACCGGCGACCUCCCUGGAAUCUCCUCCAAACUCGACCACCUCAAAGAUCUAAACGUGUCUGCAAUUUGGAUAUCUCCAAUAUACUCCAGCCCUAUGGCAGACUUCGGGUACGACAUUUCCAACUUCACCAACGUGGACCCAAUCUUCGGAACCUUGGAAGACUUCACUAACUUAACCACCAAGGCCAAAUCCUUGGGUCUAAAGGUCCUGCUGGACUUUGUGCCGAACCAUUCAUCAGACCAGCACCCGUGGUUCGUCUCCAGUAUCAACAAAAUCAAACCCUUCGACGACUACUACAUCUGGCUGGACGGAAAGCUUGUCAACGGAAGCUACCAACCUCCCAACAAUUGGCUGAGUGUCUUUGGAGGAUCCGCUUGGGAGUGGAACCCAAUUAGGCAGCAGUACUACCUGCACCAAUUCGCCAAAGCCCAACCAGAUUUGAAUUACACCAAUCCUUUGGUUAGGUCAGAAAUGGAGAAAGUUCUGACCUUCUGGCUGGACCAUGGAGCAGAUGGCUUCAGGAUGGACGCAGUUAACUAUCUUCUGGAGGAUCCGUUGUUCCAGGACGAGCCGCUAAGCUCCAAAAGCAGCCAAGUUCCAGAAGAUGACUACGAAAGCUUGGAUCAUGUCUAUUCCAAGGAUAUGGAGGGGACUUUUGACGUUUUGAAGGCUUGGAGGAAGAUUAUUGACUCCCACAAGAAGGCCAAGGAGCCUAAAUUGGUUCUUACUGAAGCUUAUGCUGAUUUGGAGAGCAUGAAGCGUUUCUAUGAAGCAGGCAGUGAUAUUCCGAUGAAUUUUGCGUUUAUUGAGAAGCUUAAUGGCAAUUCCACGACGAUGCAAUUCAAAAGAGCAAUUGAUGCUUGGCUAGGGAUGGUCCCUAAAGGUCAAGUUGCCAAUUGGGUGAUUGGCAAUCAUGACAAUCCAAGAGUUGCUGAUAGAUUUGGACCAGCUAGGGCUGAUUUCUUGACAAUGCUAACUGCAGUGCUUCCUGGAGUGGGGAUUGCGUAUUAUGGAGAUGAAAUUGGAAUGGUGGGCAGGGAAAUGACUUGGGAGGAGACUGUUGAUCCUGCUGGCUGCAAUGCUGGACAAGACAGGUUUGGGUUGAAAUCUAGGGAUCCUGAACGGACUCCGUUCCAAUGGAGUGGGGAGAAGAAUGCUGGGUUUUCGGGAGCUAAUGAAACUUGGUUGCCGGUUAAUGAGAACUUUGAGGAGGUUAAUUUGGAGAAGCAGAAGGUGGAAGUCGAGGGGGAGAGUCAUUAUAAGGUUUUUAAGAAGAUGGUGGAAUUGAAGAGGAAUUCAGUGGUGGUUACUGGGAGUGUGGAGGUUAUUUUGGUGACUGAAGAUAUUCUUGGGGUGGUUAGGAGGGUUGAUGUGGGAAAUCCGGUGGUUUUGUUAGCGAAUUUUAAAAAUGAAACGAAGGUUGUGGAUGCUAGGACCUGGAUGAAUAUUCCGGAGAAUUUGAGUGUUUUUGAAGCGAGUGUGGGAGCGGGAAUUCCUUCCGGGGUUAUUAUGGAUACUACGGAGGUUUAUUUGCCUGCUGAAGCUACUGUUAUCCUGCAUUAAGGGUUAAAAAAAUUUUUUUUAAGGUUCUGAG